AUGUACGGGACUGCUUACGCCCAACAAGCUGGAUAUGGAGAACAACUGGCGAUUCCUACCAGGCACGAGGAAACUGAAAUUGCCGACGCUGAUAUUGAUAACUUUGAUGGCGACCCUGACAGCCACACGUACAGCACUAGAGGUGACUGUGAUGACGACCCUGACAGCCACACGUACAGCACUAGAGGUGACUGUGAUGACGACCCUGACAGUCACACGUACAGCACUAGAGGUGACUGUGAUGACGACCCUGACAGCCACACGUACAGCAAUAGAGGUGACUGUGAUGACGACCCUGACAGCCACACGUACAGCACUAGAGGUGACUACUGUGAUGACGACCCUGACAGCCACACAUACAGCACUAGAGGUGACUACUGUGAUGACGACCCUGACAGCCACACGUACAGCAAAAGAGGUGACUGUGAUGAAGACCCUGACAGCCACACGUACAGCACUAGAGGUGACUGUGAUGACGACCCUGACAGCCACACGUACAGCUAUAGAGGUGACUACUGUGAUGACGACCCUGACAGCCACAUGUAUAACAAUAUGGGUGACUGUGACGAAGACCCUGACAGCCACACGUACAGCAAUAGAGGUGACUGUGAUGACGACCCUGACAGCCACACGUACAGCACUAGAGGUGACUGUGAUGACGACCCUGACAGUCACACGUACAGCAAUAGAGGUGACUGUGAUGAGGACCCUGACAGCCAUACGUACAGCAGUACCUCCAUUUGCCACGGAGGUGAUACUGUCGACAGGGAUGACUUCCACAACCUACAGCAGGCCAGUGAGGACAGUGGAUAUGGUGAACAACUGUCAGACAAACAAGAAGACACUACACAGACCAGUAACGACCAAAGGGACGUCUCUGGCCUACUAAAGAACCCACUUUACGCCACUGGUGCAUUUCGACAAAAUAACCCCAAAGAGGCGUAA